AUGAACUCUGCAGCCUCGUUUGUGUUCGCGCACUCUCUUCCCCCCCUCCUUCCUUCACUCACACGCGCUCUCCCGCGCGCUGCACGUCCGCGUUCUCCCAUGCUGGCAGGGGUGGCGUGCAGCACCAUGGACCUGCGCGCGGACGACAGGGGGGGGCGCGCACCCUUCAAGCCCAAGCUGGAGGUGGUGUUGGGCAAGUCGGAGCACUUUGACCAGCUCAUGGCGGCAGCAGCAGAGGAGGCGCUUGUUGCGCCUCCGGAGACCACCUGA